CCCUCGUCACACCAUCAUCAGACCCCUCUCUCUCUCUCUAAAACCCACAAAACCCCUCUCUCUCUCUCUCUCUAAAAACACCAUCAAUGGAAAGCAAUAACAUGCCCCCAUAUUAUCCAAACACUGGCUACUCUAUAACUGGAAAAAUAAUGCUGAGCGCAAUCAUCGUUUUGUUCGGCGUCGUAGUCUUCAUGAUCUGCCUCCACCUCUACGCCCGCUGGUACCUCCUCCGCUCACGGCGGCAGCACCACGUCCGCCACCACAAUCACCGCCGCACCCAACUCGUCUUCUACGUCGAACCCGACACCCCCUCCGCCACCGCCUCCCGCGGCCUCGACGCCGUCGUCCUCAACUCCCUCCCCGUCUUCGUCUACUCUGCCUCAGCCUCCGCCGCCGCGCUAGAAUGCGCCGUCUGCUUGUCGGAGUUCGAGGAAAACGAGAAAGGUCGCUUGUUACCCAAAUGUAACCAUAGCUUUCACAUCAAUUGUAUCGACAUGUGGUUCCACUCUCACUCUACUUGCCCUCUCUGCCGAUCUCCGGUUGAACCAGUGCCGGAAAACCGGUCUAGAGUUGAACCGGCUGGGUUUGAACCCUGUUCGAGUUCUGGGACGUGCGCAGCGUGUCAGCACGAGGGUGCUUCGUCGUCGAGUUUGGGAGAUCGGAGGAAGGCGACAGUGACAAUAGAUGUGCCGAGGACGAGCGAGUUGGGGAGUGAGUUGGGACCGAGUUCGCCGGCGAGUCAAGGGUUUAAAUCGCCGGCAAGUCGGUUGCUUUCGUUGAAGAGAAUACUGAGCUUCAAUAGAAAAGGAGUGGCGGUGUCUCCGUCGUCGGGGAUCGGAACGAGUUUUGGGUCUCCGAUGAGUGAGUUGGAUAUCGAGUGUGGUGGUAGAGACGAGUCGACUCAGCAUCAAACUCGGAUUCAGACACCGAGGUAAGAGAGAGAGAGUGAAUAUUCAAAGGUUGUAAGACGGCUUUGUGAGAACGUUCAACAUUCGGCGAUUUGUCAGACUCGCACACGUGGCACGUGGGCACGAAUCGGAAGGGUGUUUUUGUUUUGAGGGCACGCAGACUUUGUGGACUCUGAAAAUGUUUGAACUUUGUAGGAUGUAGAUAUAUACAUUUAAUUUUUUUUAUUAUUAUUUAAAAACUGUGAUAGUUUUGUUAUGUAAUGAGAAAAUGGACUUCAAUUUGGUUGUUUUUUUUAUUAUUUA